AUGCACAAAGGCUUAGCUUUCUGCCUCCUCCUCUCACUCUCCCUCUGCAACUUGAUCCCGCCCUCCAUGGCCAAGAACGGCGUCGUUACCAUGGAGCUGUGGUGCGUGGCGAAGAACAACGCCGAGGACGCCCAGCUGCAGUCGGCGCUGGACUGGGCCUGCGGAGCCGGUGGGGCCGACUGCAGCCCAAUCCUGCAAGGUGGGCCCUGCUACGACCCCACCGACAUCCAAAACACCGCCUCCUACGCCUUCAACGACUACUUUCUAAAACACGGCAUGACCGACGAAAGCUGCAACUUUGAUAACACUGCCGCUCUCACUUCUUUGAACCCCAGUUAUAAUAAGUGCAAAUUCCCAUCCAGCUUGUCAUCGAGCAAUGCAAGCCUUUCAAGUCCAUCAACAGCGUAUGGAAUGGGGUCCAGUGAAGAUCUCAACGGCAGCAAUCAGAUUUCUCAGCUAUGGAUUUGGCAUCUCAUGACCAGUCUUCUGCUCAUUGCAUUUUCAUGGGUAAUGGGUUAG